GUGGUUGUUUCUGUAAUUAUGAAAUCUGGGCUUCUGGUAAAGGAGUUGGGCAUCCAACUUGUGCAGGUGCAACAAGAAGAGAAUCAUAAUAUGAUGAGUAUUUCCACAGAUUCUUCUUAUGAUGAUCGAAUAUGGUAUAAUAAGCGCCUUGGGGACUCUGAUGAAGAAGAUAAGAGAGAGGAGGUUUUCUCUCGUUUUGUAUGUUUACCAGACGAAGAAGAAGAGCAACAGGAUGAUAUCACAGUUGCAACCACUACAGGCAGCAAUAACUCCGGCGGCCUCCGUGGCUGGAAGGUGCUCGCAGCUUGUUUCUGUUGUCCUGUUGGUAUGAAAAUGUAGCUGUCUUCUCUCUCACGCAGAAAGAAGCGACCGUCCACAAGCCCCGGAUGAAUUUUUUGUACAUCUCAACAGCAGACUAUUUGUUUUUGCAUACAUCCAAUGUCAUAUCGUAGCAUCAAAUGCAUCUUCUUCGGAGAUAUUUUUAUUGACCCCAUUUGUUCAGUUUUAACAUGUCUUUGGGCUGGAAAACUGAAGUGGCCCAACCCAGAUUGUGAGAUUAGCAUCUGCAUCUGUUCUGUUGAUAUAUUUUGUGAAAUUUUUUUUAAAUUGUGAAAAUGAAGGAGAUAUAAUAUGUAAAGGGGUCUAAGUUCUAAGUUUGGUAUUUUAAAUUGUGAAAGGUUUUAGCGCAUUGAAUCUAACUUAACUCUGUUU